AUGGCGUCCAUCAAGAUCGAGUGCGUGGCCAAGGAGAACUGCAAGAUCGGGGAAUCCCCGGUGUGGGAUGCGAAGGAGAACUCGCUGCUCUACGUGGACAUCACCGGAAGGAAGGUUUGCAAGUGGAGCUCCCUCACCCAGCAGGUGCAAGCGAUUCCUGUGGAUGCUCCUGUGAGCUCCUUGGCUCUCCGGAAAUCUGGGGAUUAUGUCAUCACCCUGGGAACCCGGUUUGCUUCUUUGAAAUGGAAAGACCAGGUGGUAACCACCAUCGCUCACGUUGACAAGGACAAACCCAACAACCGAUUCAACGAUGGGAAAGUGGACCCUGCAGGAAGGUAUUUUGCAGGUACGAUGGCUGAGGAGAUUCGACCUGCUGUGCUGGAAAGACACCAGGGCUCUCUGUACACGCUCCAUGCUGACCACUCGGUGGUGAAGCACUUCGAUCGUGUGGACAUCUCUAACGGGCUGGACUGGUCCCUGGAUCACAAAACCUUCUUCUAUAUUGACAGCUUGUCCUACUCUGUGGACGCCUUUGAUUAUGACCUCCAAACUGGAAAAAUCGGCAACCGUAGGAGCAUGUACAAACUGGAAAAGGAGGAGAGCAUUCCUGAUGGGAUGUGCAUUGAUACUGAGGGCAAACUUUGGGUAGCCUGUUACGAUGGAGGGAGAGUGAUUCGUCUUGAUCCUGAAACAGGAAAAAGACUCCAGACUGUGAAACUUCCUGUUGACAAGACAACUUCCUGCUGUUUCGGAGGAAAGGAUUAUUCAGAAAUGUAUGUGACUUCUGCCAGUGAGGGCAUGGACAAAGACUGGCUUUCACGACAACCACAGGCUGGUGGCGUUUUCAAGAUAACUGGACUAGGGGUCAAAGGAAUCCCACCAUAUCCAUUUGCAGGUUAAAUAUUCACCCCUAAGAAUGGAUUAAAGAGGACUGAUCGAAACAAGACGAGCUGGAAGGUCUUAAAGUGGUAUUUGGCAUCUUUUGCUUUAGACCUGUAACACUACUGUAAUCUGCCAUCAGGAAAAGAAGGAAAACUACUGAAAUACCUGGAAUAUUUUAAAACUGAUUAUUUUUUCCAUUAAACUCCGUUACUUUAAAUAGUUUCUGGUACUUUUCCUGUUGUGCUAAAAAAUUCUCACCCUAAAAAACUUUUGAAUAUUGUAAAUUUCUUCAAUAGUAAACUAAUCUCUUUUAACA